GCUGCAGGUCACGGCCAGGACUGGACCAGCUGACACCAGAGAACAGCAGCUGCAGGUCACGGCCAGGACAGGACCAGCUGACACCAGAGAACACCAGCUUCAGGACACAUCCAGCACAGCAGAGACAAACUGUUGUCGCCGCCAUGAAGGCCACACAACCCGAGAGGACGCCGCUGUUCAAGAAGGAGUCCAGCGGCUGUGUGUACCGGAUCCCCUCCCUCAUCUACAUCACAGGGGAGAACGUGUUCCUGGCAUUCGCAGAGAAGCGUAAGAGCGAGACCGAUGAUGAGGCAGAGAGCGUGGUGAUGAGGAGAGGGAUCUACAAGACCGGAUAUGUGUCUUGGGAAGGUCUCCAAAGUUUACACGACAUCUGCCUGAAAAAUCACCGUAUGAUUAACCCCUGCCCGGUCUAUGAAGAGGCCACCAAGACUCUGUUCCUCUUCUUCAACUGCAUUCCCAGCGGGGUGACUGAAGAACGCAUGAGAAAGUGGGGGAACUGCUCCAAGCUGUGCUACUCCACCAGCACGGACUGCGGGAAGACAUGGAGCAGCUCCACAGACAUCACGGACGUGACCAGCGGCAUCAGGAAUCUGGCCACUUUCUUCGUGUCUCCUGGUCACGGCAUCCAGACCCAAUGUGGGAAACUCGUGGUCCCAGCCUAUGUGUAUGUCGCCAAAUUUUGGUGCAUACGCUGGUGGUCCUCCAAAGCCCAAGCUUUUUAUAUCUACAGUGAGGACCAAGGCAACCGGUGGAGUGUAUCAGAACGGAUCGAAAAACACGAGUGCGGCGAAUCUCAACUUGCAGAAAUCGUGUCCGAAGACGGUCAGAAAAUGCUGUACUGCAACGCACGGAGCCCAUCCAAGAAACGCGUGGAGGCGCUGAUGCUGAACGUCGGAGGGGAAUUUAAGAUCGCUGAAAAAAGUCGCAAAUUAAAGGAGUCCGAGAAGGGUGGGUGCUCCGGCAGUGUUUUGGGUUUCCCAGGUCUGGAACAGCCAGGACAAGAGCGCCGCCACUGGCUGCUCUUCUCACACCCGACAAAGAAAGACCGCAGAGAUCUUGGCAUCUAUCUGAACAAGUCACCGCUUAUGUCUGAGGCCUGGUCCAAGCCAUGGGUCAUUCAUGAUGGCCCGUCUGGAUACUCGGAUCUCGCUGAUAUUAAGGACGCCAAUACCUUUGCAAUCCUGUUUGAAAGCGGAGCUGAGACGCCUUAUGAGGAGAUCAACUUCUGUCUCUUUACUGUGGAAGAUGUCUUAGAAAAUAUCAACAAGAAGAAAAGCUUGUUUGCCCUAUUCAGGAAGUGACGAGAACCAAAUGACGUUCCAACCUAAAAUCAAAAAUCCCUAAAAAAAUAAAAUACAAAAACUGGAGGCUCCCCCUACUGUCAAAUAGUAAGAAAGUCUCUUCAGAUAUUUUAAAUCAGUUCCUUGGAAAGCUGAGGGAAAACCAACAUGGCCGCUCUUUUUAACAGGGAUGCCCCCCACCUAGGUUAUUUCAAUCACAAGUAAUACAUAUGAUACGAUUGAAGGUAGACAUCUUCAGUUAAUACAAUUAAUUGGAAUCAUAUUCCCUCAGGACGUCUACUUAUUUAUCUCCUUCAGUGAUUUAGACCUUCUAAAUAAAC